AUGGAGAACGACACUCCCAUGUCUUCGCCGUCUGGAUCAGAAACCAAGGCGAGGGCACUGUAUACAUGCCCCUACGAGGGCUGUGGGAAGGCUUUCAAAGACCUGAAAACUCACCUGCUGACCCAUAGCACCGAGCGGCCGGAGAAGUGCCCCAUGCGCAACUGCGAGUACUAUAGAAAGGGAUUCGCCCGCAAAUAUGACCGGAACCGCCACGUCCUCACGCACUUCAAGGGCACGAUAAUAUGUGGCGUCUGCCCAGACAGUGAGGACAGCAACAAGAUUACAUUCUACCGCCCCGACACGUUCAAGAAGCACCUGACGACUGCCCACGGUGCCGAGCUCGCCGCAUCCGCGCCGGGGAAGGCCGCCGGGCAGCCGAGCUCGGCAGCAUUGUCGCCGACGAGGUGUAGUAUCUGCGCCUACACGCUGCCCAGCGUCCAUGCGCUGUUUGAGCAUCUAGAGGACUGCGUGCUGCAGACCCUGCAGCACGAGGACGAGGGCGAGGCGAUCAACACGAUGAGGCUGGCGGAGGUCGAGGACGACGCAGAAGUCCUUGCGACACUUGCGAGAAAUAACCUCUCCCUGAAGCCUCCGGGGCUAGAAAACGACAGCGACUCCGAUGCGAGCGACGAUCAUACAGAGCCGACUCCGUCAGACAUAGUUGUAGCGUCGAGUUCGAGGAGAAAGAAGAAAGGGGUAUCACACGGGGUCCAGAAGCAACGCGGCUCUGGACGCUCUCAGGGAGGGCCAUCGAACAUCAAGUUCAGGAGCCGGAAGGUUAGUGGAAAGGCGUACCCUCCAUCUUGGGGGUUCAAUCCGUCCGUGAUGACGAUAAGACAUCGGGUUCUAGCUGUGUUUGACGGGCAGCGACGUCUGGUGAAGGACGACAUGGUGCUCUCCAACACAGAGGAGGUACGAUUGAAGCUUUCCGACGAGAGGUAUUAUACUACAGACCUUGAUGUGCAAACUCUAAAGAGAGCAGAAGCUUUCCACAACGCAACGGAAGAAGAAAAGGGGCCAUGGAUACCGAAAAACCAAGCUGCAGAUACAGACGAGGUCGGUUCCGAAGGUCAUGGUCAAGAGCAAGAAGCUCUUUAG